UCGGUCUUAUCUAUCAUCAUUCAUCACCUCCUUCCAGAUGGAUGGACAUAUAUAGGCAAGCUAUCAUCACAAAAUCCUUCUCUCCAUACUGCUCGACAAUGGCAUCUUCAGGCACGUCCUUUACUGUCAAAAUCCUCUCAAUUCAUUCCCAAGAGUUCGACUACCCCACCACCACCAUCCCUUCUUCUCUCCCCUUCAGGCCAUACACUGCAAGAAAGCCACUUUUCUUUACUUCCGCUAAAACUUUCUCGCUUGACCCUCUUGUGCUACAGUGUAGCAGUGCGUCUGAUAAUGGGCGCUUCUCGAAAUCACUUGUGGCCUCGGCUUUGGCUACUGAAUCUGAGAUGGAGGAGGAGACUGUGGAACAGCAGGAAACUGAUGGUGGGGGUGUUGCUGUUGCUACAAAGCCCAAGAAAGGCAAGGCUGCUUUGCCUUUGAAGAGGGACAGAACAAGAUCCAAGAGAUUUUUGGAAAUUCAAAAAUUGAGAGAAAACAAAAUGGAGCAUGACUUGAAAGCGGCAAUAUCAUUGCUUAAGCAAUCAGCGAGCACAAAGUUUGUUGAAACAGCUGAAGCCCAUUUCCGCCUCAAUAUUGAUCCGAAAUAUAAUGAUCAACAACUGAGGGCAACUGUUAAUUUGCCCAAAGGGACCGGUCAGACUGUUAAAGUUGCUGUUCUUACUCAAGGUGAAAAGUUCGAUGAGGCGAAAAAUGCAGGAGCAGAUCUUGUUGGUGGAGAGGACUUGAUAGCACAGAUAAAAGGAGGAUUCAUGGAUUUUGACAAAUUAAUUGCCACACCCGAUAUGAUGCCUAAGGUAUCAUUAUGCUAUUUUCCACCACUUCGAGGGAGCUACCUUAUCCACUUUGGUGGUUUGAAACAUGGAGCUCUUAAUAUAUUGCAUUUAUUGCUAAAAAUUUACUUCUGUAUUGGAAGAGAGUGCAACAUCAUUUUACGAGUUAAAAGUCAUAAUCGCGUACACUAUCGAAAGCAUUUUCCGCCUAUGUUCCAGAUUCUUUAUAUAGCUGAUAUAAGUUCGGUGCAGGCUAUAGAGGAAUUUAAGAAGGGGAAGGUUGAAUAUAGAGCUGAUAAAACAGGGAUUGUUCACUUGCCUUUUGGAAAGGUUGAUUUUUCAGAGGAAGAUCUGAUGAUAAACUUUCUUGCUGCUGCGAAAUCAGUAGAAGCAAACAAGCCAUCCGGAGCUAAAGGUGUGUACUGGAAAAGUGCCCAUGUGUGCUCAUCUAUGGGUCCAUCAAUCCGGUUAAACAUAAGGGAUAUGCUCGACUACAAGCCCCCAUCAACUGCUUAGAGUACACAAAAACCUAUGUAAAGAUUUUUGGCAUUUGAUUAACUUCUUUAUUGCACAAGUGCCCUUGUUUUAGCAGAAGGUAUAGAAAAAGGAAGAUGUCUGAAAGGAGAGUUUAUGCUCCAGUUGACCAUCAGUCUCGAAUCGUUUUGUAGUUUAUGCAAUUUUAUGUUUCAUAUAAUCAAAUUCUAGCAUGCAUUUCUCGUCC